AUGACAAAAGAAGUUCGUAAGACGGCUGUCUCUGAUGCAAUCGUUACUCGUCCCUCUGCAGACUUUCGUCCAUGGAAUCGUCUUAAACUAUCAGUACCUCGCGUACUGGUUCCUCCUAUCAUCGCUGAUGAUUCAAUGGUGCCAGUUGUUAACCCCACUGCUCUUGAAUCUGCGUCUGCAGCUCAAGGGAUCUUUUUGUGGUGGCCACUGCUGCUCUUUGGUGCUUUUUUAGGAGCCAUAGUCAUAGGUAGUGUUGCGUACGCAUUAAGCCGUCCAAAACAGAAAAUGAAAGAGAACAAUAACAAUACUGAGUAUCAGCUACUUGAAGACGAUAAUAGUGGAUCUCCACUUAGCAAAACGGCUGUAAAAAAUGUUUACAGCAUAUCGGGACCCAAAAUCCACCGAAUGGAUGAUGACAAUGAUUUGAAUGAUAAAAAGAAGAAUUUACCAUUAGUUAAAGCAGUAAAAGGCAAGUUCGAAGAAAAAUUAAGAAAAGCGUCAAGAAUGUUUUCUACGACGGAGAUUGCAUUAUUUAGUACUUUCAUAAAAGAAUGUCUGCCUGCCUCAUCAGUUUUUCAUAAAUGUAAUAUUUUGCUCGUAAAACAAUCACAAGCUCAACUAUCACAACAACAGGUAACUCCAAUAUCCGUUCAACACUUACAACAAUGUAAAAGUUCCCCGGUGCAAAAAAAUUCAAAAAACCUUCCAAGUCUAACACGGCAAGUUUUAGCAGAUGAUGAUCGAAAUAAAAGUAUUAGUGUGGAUGAGAACAUAAAAAAAGAUCAUGCAGUUACACUAUUCGAUGCAGAAACAUAUUUUGAUAAUGUGUUAAACGCCCAUUCAUCAUCAAGUAUGCGACGUGCACGAUCAUCUAAAAGCGAUGAUGGUCGAAGUCAGCAGUUUGACGGCAGAAAAUCAGAUACGGAUGAAUCUCGUGAUUUGAAAUCAGAGAUAACUUGCUCUUCUACGCCAGUGGUCAAUUUAGUUGGAUCACGAAGUACCGAUAAUAAUAGGCAAAAAUCCGAAGACAACAAAACACCAAGUGAAAAAUCUAUUAAUAAGGAGAAUAAGGUGAAAGAUGAUGGCUUAUCGUUUUCUAUACGUUCUGAUGCAGAUGAGAAGGCUAGAAAACAGAAACCGAAACUAAAAGAAAAUGUGCAUUCAACUGAACAACUAUCAUCAAAUUUGAACUUAGCUAAUCUGGCAAAAUCCGAGCGAAUUCUAUUCGAUUCAAGUCAAUUAUCACGAUUAGAGAAGUGCAAUACGACCAAAUCUGAUCGACAGAGGCAUUCAUCAUCUGAUAGUUCAGAUCGAACAAAUAAAAAAGAACAAGCUGAUCAAGAUUGGCUUAGUAGAAGUCCUAAACACAACACAGCAUCGGGAAUAGACGAAUCAAAUGGUUACACGGAUUUAACGAAUAUUCUCUCACUUCUAGAAAGUGAUGUUGAUAUCUCGGAAGCUCUCUCAGUAGGAAGUGCUUUAUCGCCUACUAUUCCAUCGUGUAUAACACAAUCAUCCGAAGAAGAAGACAUCGAUGAGUUUCUGAAUACAAAAUCGGGACAAGCAGUAACACCAACUACAAAACGUAAUGGAAAAAAUUUUGAUUUUGGUGGUAAAAAUAUAAAUUUUAGCAGUUCAGUUACAAAUGUAAAACGAAUUGUACGCCGUCGAAUAAAGCGUUUUGUUAAAGUUAAAUCAGGAAAAGCAAGAAGAUCGAUAAUGGAAACAAAACAACAGGAGAGGUAUCCGAACUCAUGUAUUGAUCCUAUUGAAUCGAACUCAUUUGAUUAUCAAGAUACUGAGAAUGUAGUGAGAAUUAUCAUUGAAUGUAAUGAUAUCGAAGAAGAAGAUCAUCAUAAACGUUAUCGUCGACAAGCAGCUGAUAGUAUCAAUCUACCACCUGAGGAUUUAUAUUUUAAUUUACAUUAUUUAUCUGUACCUGAGAAUAGUCGUGAUUUUGAUAUUGCUGAUUUGUAUGUUGUCGAUUCGGAGAAUGAUAAUUUUACAUGUGUAAUGUUUACAUGGGAUGUACCAAAUGAUCAACAACCAUUUGAGAUUGUUAAUAGAACAUUAAGAACAAGUUUGACAAUGCAUAAUAACAUAGAUUAUGAUCUUGACUAUGAAACAACUCACUCCUACAACAUUACGGUAACAUGUUACGAUCAAAUUCAUCACAAUACAAUAGCCAAAAAUUUUAGUAUUGAUAUAGCGGAUAUCAACGAAGCGCCCGUCGAUCUCAUCUUGUCUCCGAAUACUCUACCAGAAAAUGCGCAUGCGGGUUAUAUUAUUGGUAAUUUUACUGUGACUGAUCCUGAUUAUCCACCAAAUCAAAUAUUCGACUUAUUUAUUGUUGAUGAUCCAGCCGAUAUGUUUCGACUCGAAGGCAAUUUACUAGUAUUAACAAAAGAUAAUGAUAUAGAGGCGUGUAUAAUCGAACCGGAAAGGUGUCCACAUGAUUUUGAACAAAUUCAGUCAUUAAGACUCCGUGUCAUGGUUGAAGAUUAUGGUCUACCACGUGCAUACAAUAAAUUUUGGAUUGAAGUCAUUAUCAUAGAUGAAAAUGAUCCACCUGUUAAUUUGAGAUUAGAUGAUAAUAUUGUAGCAGAAAAUUCACCAAUAGGUACAUUAAUUGGAUCAUUUUCAGCCCAAGAUCAAGAUAUAUAUCAAAUAUUAAAUUACACGUUGUUAGAUGACCCAAGUGGGUUAUUUUAUAUGGAUGGGAAUACAUUACGUCUUGGUAAAUUACCAGAUUAUGAAAAAUAUCACCGUGUUACAAUAACAGUUGAAGCAAAAGAUAAUGGAACAGAACCAAAAAAUAUUAUACGAGAAUUUACAAUUGAAAUACUUGAUGUGAAUGAGUUUCCUCAAACAUAUGUCUAUAUUCCACCUGGUAAUGAUCCUACUAAUAAUACAAUUAACGAUUUAUUGAUGAAUAAAAUACAGUCAAAACAACCAUUUGUAUUUCCCAGUAUUGCUUACAACCAACCAACAUUAGGUAAAAUUUCGUUUUUAAUGGAAGAUACAAUUAGAGAAUUGACAUUGAAUGGAACAAAUCCUGAAUUAUCAUUUUCGAUACCUACAUGCGAACCAAUAUCAAAUUCUCUUAUGAAACUUUGCACAUCAACAGUAAUUAUCAAUAAUCCAAUCAUACCACCAGAAGGAUACAGAGUAAAAACAACUCCCAUAUUAAACAACAAUAAUGAAGCUAAACAAUUUCCAUAUCCAUUACAGUUUAAAUUUGAAAAUACUAGUUUAACGAUAGAUAAUCACACGAUAGAUUCAAUAAUUAUUUCAAAAGAUGAUCAUGGAAAAGAAAUUGGAUUAGUUGGUGCCAUUGAUACACGUACUAAUCAAACAAUUCAUAAUGUAAUUUUUAAUGGAACAAACAAUACGUAUCCGAUAGAAAUUGUUAAUUUAACAUUAAUUAGAAUAACAGAUGAUGUUAAUUUUGAUCUUAUAAAAGUUCCAAUGUAUAAUAUUUCUUUUAUGGUACAAGACGAAAAUAAUGAAAUGAUUGAAAAAACAAUAACAAUUUAUCUUAAAGAUAAAAGUGAUUUUAAUUUAACAUUAUCAAAUAAUAAAAUUACUGAAAAUCCACUGUUGAAUUCACCAAUUGGUGAUUUGAUACUUCAGAACGGAAUCGGAAAUUACACAUUUCUGCUUAUCGACGAUACCGAUGGAAGAUUCAAAUUGAACGGAACGACGUUAUCGGUAGCAAAACAUAUUGCUGAUUGUCAUUCGAACGGAACGUGUUUAUUUGAUUAUGAAAAAGAAAAAUCGCUAAAUAUUACCGUGGCUGUUAUUGAUCCUGCUACUAAUCAGACAUUGAGAAAUGUUACUUUAGAAAUUUUCCUUAUCGAUGAAAAUGAAGCACCAUAUAAUUUAACACUAAGUGAUCAAUCCAUAUCAGAAAAUACUCCAGUUAAUUCAACAAUUGCCAUUAUUCAUGCAGUAGAUGAUGAUUUUAAUCAAACGUUGACUUACACGUUGGAUAGUCCUGUAUUUGGAAUUGUCGGGGAUAAACUAGUAUUGAAACAUCCAGUUAAUUAUGAGACAAAAAAAUUCUACCCAUUGAUGAUCAGAGCAACUGACAAUGGACAUCCACCAUUGUUUGUGCGUAUAACGUUUGUAUUAGUUUGA